AUGCCAGUCAUAAAGCUGAAAAAACCAAGAGAUCCCAACGACCCAACGCCCUCAUCAGAACAACCAAACUUAAAGAAGAUUCGUAUUAAAGCAAAGACGUCAUCAAGUACCGGAUCCACACCAUCUACAGAAUUAAAGAAACCUAAAUUGAAGAUAAAUCUAGGCAAGAAGAAAACUAAUGGUAAAUCUAACAAAGUAUCAUCAUCCAGUAAUGGUUUGAAAUUAAAGUUGAACUUGAAACCUAAAAAGAAACAAGAGAAAAUUUAUAAAGCUCCUAAAUUACGGUUGAAACCAAUACGGAUACCUGGUGAAGGUUAUGAUUCAGAAGCAUCUGAUAUAGAAGAUGACCCUUUGAUUGAGUCUGGGAUCAUUUUAAGAGUGAUUCCUGAUCUUCAAUUGGAGUUCAUUAAGAAUAGCAUUGAUUCAGGUGAUUAUUCUGGAUUUAGUAUUAAAUGGAUGGGUCAUAGACACGCUAUUGUUAUAAUUAAUGAUGUAAGGUAUGGUGCUAUCUUAGUAGAUUUACCUACCAUCAUUGAAGUGAAUAAGAGUGUAGAUAGGAAGAAUUUGUUAAAGACUUUUGAUGUUUGUCAAAUGUUGUUGUGUGUUAAAGAUUUGAGUAGCAAUAAUGAGGAUGAUGAGCAUGUUUUCCAAUUGAGAGCUCCGGAUUCUGAGGAUUUAGUCUCCAAACAUUUUGAAAGUUAUAAAGAUGAAAUUGAUGGGAAUAGGAAGAACUUCUUUAAGAAUUUCAACACUCUUCCGUCCAACACUAAUAAUUCAAUUUAUUCUGAAAUGGAACAAAAAUAUUUGGAUGAUAUUGUGUUGAAAGAAUAUGAUUAUAAGCAUGGGUUAACACCACCAUUGUAUAAUGUAAGGAAUAGAAGAUUUAGAAGAAAAAUGAAUGCUACAGAAUUUGAUUAUGUGGAGGGUGUUGUUGACAUUUUGUUAAAACAAGAUGUGCAAGCUGAAGAAGUCCAAUAUGAACUGGUUGAUGAAUCUGAAUCUCUUGGUGUAUCAAUGGCUAUACCUAAUUCAUUUGAUGAUUCGUUCUUCAACGAAUCUUCGACUGAUGUCAGUAAACCACAAUCUCAACAAACAGCUACAUCAGGAAUGACAAUACCACUACCGUCUCGACAACCCACCGCAGUUACUAUACAAGAACAAACUCAUAUAGACCCAGGGAUGGAAAUGGCUGAAGAAGAUGAAGAAUUAGAUCUAGAGGCGGCAUUCAAUAGUGAAGAAGAAGAAGAAGAGGAAGAACGAGGGGAAAAUGGAAUAAUGACACAAGAAUUAGUUAAGACCGAAACGCUUUCAGGUGCACCAACAUCAACAACAACUACUACUACGGCAAUCACAACCACUACUUCAAUUGAGCGGCCACAACAAGCAGCAGCAGCAGCAGCGGCAGCAGCAAUUAUACCUGGUGAAGAACCAAUGGAGGAAGUAGAUCAGUACCUGGGAGCUGAAGAUGAAGAUGAAGAUGAAGAAGAAGAGGAUGAAGAAGAGGAAGAGGAAGAGGAUGAAGAGGAGGAUGAGGAUGACGAGGAAGAAGAAGACGAAGAGGGCACACGUUCAAAUACUAAAGAAAUAUCAGAAAAGAGACAACAUGCAGAAUUAUUGCAAGAUGAAUUAAAUGAGUUGCAAAGUACAGUUGCGCAUACUAAGAGCAAGCUCGAAAAGGCUACAAAUCCCUUAUUGAAGUCAAGAUUUAUUGAUAGUAUUAAGAAAUUAGAGAAGGAAGUGGAAUUGAAAAAGAAGCAAUUACAAGCUAGUGAAGAAGAACUUCAGAAGCAUAAAAAGAGCCAAUCUGCGGAUGAGGAUGAUUUGUUUGCAUCCACUGCACCGAUGGAUGAUGAAGAUGGUGAGGAUGGUGAAGAUGAAGACGACGGUGAAGAUGAAGAUGACGAGGACGAAGAAAUGGAUCUUGACGAAGAUGAUGUUGAUGAACAACAAGAAGCUGAUGAUAAUGAAGUUGCGAAUGUAGAGGAAACGAGUCCCCAAGCUGCUGGAGGUGAGGAAGCAGCUGCAUCAGCGGCAGGAGAUGAAGAAAACGGUGGAUUAGAUCAAAAUGACCUUGAUAUGAUGAUGUUGUUUGGGGCAGAAGGGGAUGAAUAG